AUGGCUGGCCACAAGCUGCGCGUCAUGGAGACGGGAUUCUUUGCUUUGCUGCAGAAGCUCGAGGCUCGACCUGAUUGGCAAGAGAAUCAUGACUGGUACAAAAAUGUCCGCGAGGACAAUAUUACCCCACAAACAUUGGAAAAUGCUGAUAUAAAACUCACACCAUUCGAAAUUGCAUACAAUAAAUGUGUUUUCCAAAGUCAAAACAAUGGUACACCUUACAACAAAUUUCUAGGUACAGCCGACUUAGCUUGUGGAAGCUCAGGUGAACUCUGUAAUGAAUAUUUUGCCCCUCAAGAAACACCUCAAUCUUUUUUGAUGUCAGCUCAACAUACAGAGACUUUGAAAGAAAAUCUCAACCAAAAUGAACAGAAGAAGGGGCGUGCUCUUAUAAAAACGAGAGAUGCUGGAUUUAUGGAUUUUCCAGGUAGUGGAUCUGAGCCUGAAGUAGUAUCUGGAAAUUGCCUAUAUCUAUUUGAUCCACAAAUGGACCAAGGUAGGAACACAAGUCCAGAUCUCACCUACUCUCACAAUUGUAGGCGUCCUAAUGUUAGAAACAUUAAUGGCCGUGAUAAAUCAUUGAAAGCAAUCAUUGGUCGCCAGGAGAAGGCAAUAAGGGAUCUGCAUGCUAAACUUUCUGAUGCUCUUCAAGUCAUUAAACAAGCUAAUCUUAUGAACCCUGAGCUGAUGCGUGAUCUUUCUGGUGGUGAAAAGACUGGUGAAGCAGAAGCAUCCUCUAUAAACAGAGAUACCAGUGUAUUUGAUCUGGUUGAUAUUAAGAAGGUACUUUUAGCAUCUUGUCUUACAGUACAAACUUUCAACGGAGUGUUUUAG